AUGGUAACAAGGAUAAGCACAAGUCAAGUUAUAACUCCCAUCAUGGGUUCAAAGUUAACCCUCGAUCACGUUAUGAUUUAUGCUCUUCAAGACAUGGUCGUUAGGAUUAGACCACAAAAAAUGGAGACACUUAAAACCAUACACGUUCCAUGGUAUCUUGAGAGAUUCAAUCAAGGUAAAUUAAUAUGUCAUCCGACACCACUGUUAAACCUUGAUUGUAUCAUCAAUAUACUAGAAUUCCUUGAUGAUGAUCCAAAUACUCUAUUCGCAUGUACGCUAGUUAAUCGAGGAUGGUGCAAAAUUGCGAUAAGCAUCUUAUGGAGUGAUCCCUGGAAAUUUAAACGUAGUUCUCAAUUACCAAGAAAUAAGAAAAUUCAAAUGAUUUCUAUAUUACUUGAAUCAUUACCACAACAUUAUUUAAAUACAUUAAACGAAAAGAAGAUGGGCAUCCCUAUAGUGUCAAGAAAGACAUUAUUUGAUUACGCCAAAUUUGUACGUUACAUAAGAAUCCGUAGCUUAGAAUGGCAUUUAACAAAGUGGGUUCAAUAUAAAGUAGGUCGUAUUAUUAGUGAAAGGAACCCUGAUUUAAGAAGGAGAGUUUCAAUUAUCGUACAAGUAUUGUUGGAACAUAUUUUCAAAUCAACGCCAACCAUAUAUGGAUUGAUAGUUAAUAAUGAUAAUUAUACCUCAGAAUCUUUAACUUCAGCCAUAAGAAAUGUACCCGAGGCAAAUAUUUCCUUAGCCAGUGUCAAAACUUUCACAUUUGGUAAAAUAUUUAUGACGAUGCCAAAAUUAUUCGAAACUCUUUCACCGGUUUGUCAUAGAAUCAAUAAAUUGGAGAUUUGUCCAUCACAGGAUGUAAAACAUACGGCCAGAUUAAUUAGUAAUCAAACGAAUUUAAUAUCGCUCACACUUGUCGAUAAUUAUAAAAGAUCGAUUCAUCGUCAAACAAAAAAUGAAACAUUUGCUUGGGACAACGAAAUAUUUAGAGAACUUUUAUAUAAAGCUGAAAUUCUAACUCAGCUCACGUUAAAAAAUGUUUGUUUAUCCUUGAAGGAAUUGAAUUACUUUGUAAAUUUAGAGGAACUUAAUCUUUUAAAUUAUAUGGGAAAUAUUUCUCAAGAAAAUUUUCAAGAUUUGACUGAAAUAUCCCUAAAAAAACUUAUAAAAUUUUCCUUUAUUUCUUUAAUAUCAAAAAUUUAUUUAAAAAAUCUUUGCAAAUUUAUAAAAAAUUCUAAAGAGUUGACGCAUCUCAAGAUUCAAGGAUAUAAUUGGCAUGACCCUGAUUAUUCUAUCACAUGGAUAAAUUCAUUAGCUAAAAAUAAUCGAAAUCUCAUCUCUUAUGAGGGACCUAUUGGAUCAGGUGAUGUGGUUGCAUUGUGGAUACUUUUGGAUUCUUGUACAAAUCUACAGAAAUUACACCUACAAUGCUCAAGGUAUAAUUUUUACGCUCCCGUUCCAAAUUCAGAUUUAAAAAGUUUUGAUAAUAUACUUAGAGAACUUACCAGAAAACAACCUUUGGCUUUGAGAAAAUUAAUAGUGGGAAGAGGUUGGUCCCUUUCCUCUAAAGGGGUUGAAAGGUUCAUAAGUAGUAGAAAGAAAUUAUCCCUGCCGAUUAGAUUUGAAUGGAAUCCAAAUACCGAAAUUAUAGGAGAUCUGAGUGAAUUGAUUAAGAGAUAUCGUAGAUCAACUAAAGUUCAUGGAUAUCGAACAGAACAUUAUUUUUAG